CCGCCGCCCUGCUCUGAGCUAAAAUGGCGUCUCCACUGUGGUAUCGGUUUGCACGGCUGUCUCGGAAUAUCGGUGUGUUUCCGCGGACAGCGGUGUGUGAGGGGUCAGGAACAGUGCGGACUCAGUGCCGGACCGCUGUGUGCUCCUCCAGCGGCGCCAUUCUGCCCAAACCCAAGAAGACGGCGUUUGGCAUGUUGAGGAUCACAGUGGUUGUGGUCCCCUUCCUCUACAUCGGGACUCAGAUCAGUAAAAACUUCGCUGCUCUGCUGGAGGAACACGACAUCUUCGUCCCUGAGGAUGAUGAUGAUGAUGACUAAACACACACACAGAUGUGUAAGCCUGCGGUACUGUUCCUGGACGUCGGAGAGCAUUUGGGAUUCCACAGCACGUCCGGAUCAUCUCAAACACUGUAGUGUGUGUGUGUUUACAGAGCUGUGUGUGUGUGUGUGUGUGUGUGUAUGUGUGUGUGUAUAAAAACAGCUCCUCCUCCUGUCUGCAUGCACUGUAUAAAUAACAAUAAAGUAAUAUAAAUAAAUAAACACUGGAGGAAACUGGACCCGAGUGUGUGUGUGUGUGUGUGUGUGUGUGUGUGUGUGUGUGAGAGAGUGUGAGUGUGUGAGUGAGGGGGAGGGGGGGUGUUGGCCAAAGGUCACAGCUUGUUAAAUGUAACCAUCAGACUCUCCUGAUGAUGGAGCUGAUGAACACCUGCUCAGUAUCUAUCUGAAUGAAGACAGGUCAGAGUGCAGUGUUAAUGAUCAGCAGUAGGGGGCGCUGUGUUUUAUUUUAUUUUUGUGUUAAAACCAAAGACGAAGUCUAAGUGAAUUUUGUGGAGUGAAGGUAAAAUAUCUCUGAGGCCCUCUAGUGGCUGACUGCAGAAUUGUAAGUUAAAUCUCUACAAAUAAUUAUUAGGAGUAGUGUUCUGUCAUUUUUCUGUCAUAUCUCCCUCAAUAUUAUACCUUAUGAUAAAUAUGUUUCCUAGACGUUAUGGUGAUGAGUGAAGGGGUGUGGUCGAUGAUGUGACUGAUAGCUUAUAGACAACACAAUUCAAUUCAAUUCAAUUUAUUUUGUAUAGUGCCUUUUACAAUGAACAUUGUCUCAAAGCAGCUUUACAAAAGAAGAAAACAGAGAAAGGGGAGGGGAAAAUGACUAGAAAUUAACUAGAAAUAAGAAUAAAUUAUUAAAUUCUAUAGUUAGACUAUUUUAUCCCUAAUGAGAAGCCUGUGGCAACGGUAGCAAGGAAAAACUCCCUGGGAUGGAAGGAAGAAACCUUGAGAGGAACCAGGCUCAGAAGGGAACCCAUCCUCAUUUGGGUGACACUAAACAGAAAAUAAUGUAACUGUAGCUGAUUAAUGUGCUUUCUACAACAGAAAUCAAUGACCCAUGAGGAACACACACAAUAGACAACACACACCUUAAUCUCUGGACAGUUGUGCAGCAGAGCCAUGUCAUGUUCUGCUGUGAAGUGUUCUAACUAACCCUCAGCAGGUUCUCCAGCAUGUUGAUCAUCUCAGCUCUGAUAUUAUGACCGGGGUGAGUAAAGGAGGCGGUGAUUAAUUCACUCACACUGCUGCUGGUGGAUCCACGGGUCAGUGCUUUAGAAAUAAACUAGAGACAGGAGGAGAAGGAAGAGCUGAUCUUCACUCAGGUGGAGUUUUACUGCAGAUGCCACAGACAGAUGAACAUCACCGAGCAGAGAGGACUCUUACUUUAAUUCCUGAGCUGAUUGUUGUUUAGAUUAGAAUCCGGCGUUAAUUUAAACAUACACAGCAUGCGCUACAGCACCUCCUGUGGUCCUGGAAACUUGGACCUCAGAGAGCUCUGUAAUGUCCCUAUACACCCCACUCCUGAGCUCCCGGUGUUCUGAGUGUCCAGUGUGACCACUGCCUCAACCCCUGGUCGGAGUCUGGUCACUUGGUGGUGCUCACUGAUGCUGUGGAUGGUGUGGACAACCUAAGACCAGGAGACAGCCAUGGACAGAGGGACACUUGUGGACUUUCACACCAUCACAGAUCUGCCAUUACAUCUAUCAGCUUGUGACAGCAAGGAGUUCGUGUCUAUAAUGACCUCAGAAACUACACUGACCUCAUAGUUCCUCAUGGGCUUCCACGUUGUUGUUGUAGAAAGGACAUUAAUCAGUUACAGUUACAUUAUUUCCUGUCCAGUGUCCCCCAGAUGAGGAUGAGGUUCUCUUCUAAGCCUGGUUCCUCUCAAGGUUUCUUCCUCAGAUCAUCUCAGGGAGUUUUUCCUCAUCACCCUCACCUCAGGC